UGCGCGGCGUUAACACGCUCUGCCUAUUGUUUGUGUUUUUUUUCCAAAAUAUGGCAAAGGUUCAGGUGAACAAUGUAGUGGUGUUGGAUAAUCCUUCUCCUUUCUACAAUCCUUUCCAGUUCGAAAUCACAUUCGAGUGCAUAGAGGACCUGUCUGAAGAUUUGGAAUGGAAAAUAAUUUAUGUGGGUUCAGCUGAAAGUGAAGAGUAUGAUCAGGUGUUAGACUCUGUUUUAGUUGGACCUGUUCCUGCGGGAAGACACAUGUUUGUAUUUCAGGCUGAUGCACCUAACCCAGGGCUUAUUCCAGAUGCAGAUGCAGUAGGUGUAACAGUUGUGCUAAUUACAUGCACUUACCGAGGUCAAGAAUUUAUUAGAGUCGGCUACUAUGUAAACAAUGAAUAUACUGAAACAGAACUGAGAGAGAAUCCACCAGUAAAGCCAGAUUUUUCUAAGCUUCAAAGGAAUAUUUUGGCAUCUAAUCCCAGAGUCACAAGAUUCCACAUUAACUGGGAGGACAACACUGAAAAACUGGAAGAUGCAGAGAGCAGUAACCCAAAUCUACAGUCCUUGCUUUCCACAGAUGCAUUACCUUCAGCAUCAAAGGGGUGGUCAACAUCAGAAAAUUCACUAAAUGUUAUGUUAGAAUCUCAUAUGGACUGCAUGUGACUAACCACCAUCCUUUUGGUACUGUAUAUGUGUUAAACUGUAAAAACAACCAGAACUAUUUCCUUCAAAUUCCAUAAGUAGGUAGUUGAAGCAAUGUGAAGAACUUGUUUUAAAACAUCCUGUAGAAAGUUUAUAAAAAAAAAAAACAAAACAAAAAAACCCAAACAAACAGUAUUUGAGCAGAUUGUGAAAUAUAAAUACAACUAUUUUUAAGUAAUUGCCUUUUUUUUCUAAUGUGUUAUUCUGUGUGGUCUAAACCAAACCUGAUUAAAGUAUAUGCAUUCUCUCCCCUCCCCCCUUACUUUGUAAACACUAUUAAAAGCUAAAAAAAGUUUAAAAGUUAAAACAUUCAGGCAAAAUGAAGGAAUAAUGCCAUGUCUUCAUCUCUGCUAUCCAGAUUGCCAAAUAUAAAGUGCCCUUUAAUAGCAUCUUAAGAACAAAACUGUCAUUAGAUGAAGUGCAAAGAAAGAAUCUCUUAAUAACAAACAAAAAAGUCCAAAAUUGUCCUUUUGCUCUGAAAGCAGACAGCACAGUAUAAUUUUAGGUGCAAGCUUCUUUUCCUUUCAAGGCACAUAGUUGUUACUUAAAGCCUGCAAUUUCAGAUUUACCAUCUGCUAUCUUGGAUUUUAGGACUUUUUUUUUUUUUUUUUUUUUUUUAAAUCUCCUCCUGCUGCUGUUUAGUCUAACUGUGGUUUUGUUCAGGACAGCAUUUCAUGUGGAUUGGGGUGGGUACCUCAGGAAAGAACCCUUUUUCAGCCCCCCUAAUAGUAUACACGAGUGGUUGGAAGGAUGCAUGCAAUUACUAGAUGAUUCUAAGCCUCAA